AUGGAAGCUUACAGGUACAUCAAGAAGGUGGUAGUGAUGGUGGGGUUAUUGUUGAUGGUGAUAGGCAUGAACGUGGCGAGUGGUGAAGGUCUGUGCAGGAUGACACCGGAGGGGUUGAAGGCGUGCCAGCCAUCGGUGAGCGGCCAAAACCCUCCGCCGCCGACGAAAGCUUGCUGCUCGGCUCUCUCAAACGCCGACCUCCAAUGUCUGUGCCGUUUCAAAGGCUCAGGCUUCCUCUCCUUCUACGGCAUCGAACCUGACAAAGCCAUGGCCCUCCCUCUCCGCUGCAACAUCGUUCAAUCCUCUUUCCACUGCUAG